AUGAAUGCUAAUUAUGAUGACAAAAUAGGUAAAUAAGUAAAUUUUGAAAUUGAAAAUAAAGCUUAUAAACUAAUAAAUAUGAAUUCAGUUAAAGAACGAUUAUCAUAUUAUGAUUCUGGAAUUGAAAAAAUCCUCUCGAUUAAUCAUAUUUUAGGGUUAAAGGAACUGGAAUCCAAUUUAAUGAUAAAAAUUAACUAUUUGACUUAGCCUAAUGGUAAUCAAUAGGUUUAGAUUUAGAUCAAACACUCCAAGCAUGCGAAGGAUACAGAUUUUAAAAUUAUGAUCAAAGCUAACUGAUUUAGUUUGUGCCUAAUUAUUUUCAACAAAUAAGAUUCAGCAAAGUAUUCAAUUCACUAAGGAAACAGUUAUCUUCUCCAAAACUUUAAUACUAGGGUUCAAUUAAAUCUAAAUCAGAAGCUAAAUUCAAGUGCUCAUAUUUUUUAGUUUUCAAUUUUUGA